AUGGGCAGCGAGAAGCGUCGGUCGUCGUCGACGCCGACCACAGUGCUUGGCUUAACCCACGUACUCGAAGCGAUCGUUCGCUGCUGCGCUGCGCCUAGCGACGUGCUGUCCUUCCUCGCUGCGCUCCCUGCGUCGACUCGGAGCGCGCCGCUGAUGGCGCUCUACCAGCUUCUGCGAGCUCCGGCGAACGCUGUCGCGCGCAUUGGCGACAAGAACCCGAUGGCCUACCUCUGGCCGCGACUGGAGCUACAGAGCAUCGCGCCAGUCGCCGCUACACUCGUGACGAGGGCCAUGCCGAUCUUCAACGUCGUGUGCGUACACAACCCACACACACUGACGAACGUGCUUGCGCUCGCCGUCCCGCGGCCCGCCCGCGGCCUCGACGUCUUUGCGUCAUUCGUCAACACAUGGGGACCGAAGCUCACGCAUCUGUCGUUCAGCGACCGUCAGAUACCUCGCACCGUCGACGUCCAGGCUCUCUGUGCCAUGCUCAAGCGCUGCACCAACCUGCACGCCGUCGAUGUCAGCCCUUGUGCGUACGAUACGGCCAUUGUCGCGGCCGUCACGACGCCGGCGCACACGCGUCUGCGCUGCCUCAUUAUUCUCUCCAAGCAGCGCGAGCCCGAGCCCGACUGGGCUGUGACGCUUGUGCCGUGGCUCAAGUCGGGCCGCGCGCGCCACCUUGGCUUUGCUUACUACAACGACGACGACGACAACGACAACGACGACGACGACGACGACGACGACGACGACGACGGAGGCCCGCCCUACCAUACGAGCAACCAUAGUAUCGCGCACGUCCUUGCGGCCGCGGCGUCGCUCGUAAGCUUGCAUUUGGAUCUGCAUCCGGCAGGGUCCAUCACAUCGACGAGGGCCGGUCCGUGGUUUCUUCAUCUGCAAGAGCUGCGCGUCAGCAUCGUUGACCAGGGCUACAUCAUGGAGCUGCUGAAGCACGUCAACCCUACGGUCCUCACGUCGCUCGCGAUCGAGUAUGGCGGCGAAGGCAACCUCGAUUGUGUCUUGCACGCACUGCCCCGACUCGUCGCCUUGCAAGAACUGAUCGUCGACGAGGCCGAUUUCAAGCAAGUGUCUUGGCCGCCGUCGUCGACGAUGCCGCCGUUGAUGGCCCUUCGCCGCCUCGCGUUCCACAAUGUGGAGUUCUCGACGACCGCGCUGGACGCACUCGCAACGUACGCUUCUCGAUCGCCGGCGCUUCAGACGCUGUCGUGGCGUGGCUGCCGAUGGAACUCGCACCUCGUCCACGUCGUCGCAACGCAUUUGCACGCGUGGGUCGGCUGCGGCGUCAAAGCGAUGCACCUCAUCGACUGCAAUAUCAACGCGCUAGGGGUCGCCAAGCUCGCGGCCGCACUCGCUGGACUAUGCAGCCCACUCGGCUUCCAACUCUGUGUGUCGUGUACUAGCCCGUUGGAGAACGUUUGCAUGGAGCCGCUGCUGGAUGCGCUGACGACCUGCGACGGUGUGGCGCUGCUGCUCAACCGCGACAGCGGCGCGUUGGUGACCGCGGCGCGCGACCUUGCCUGCCACAACAUUGUCGUGCCGAUUCACACGUUCAACUGGACGCCUGACAUGGAGGCAACGUGCGUGACGUGGCGUGCGUAG